UGUUGUGUUGCUUUCCAUUAGACUAUAACUCUUGGGUUGCAUCUAUGCUGCAAUACGUGUCCUGAGCAGCUGCGAUCUCUGUGACCUGCACAGCGGCCUGGUGCAGUCACUACCAUGAAUCGGCUAGUCCCCUUUGCAUUGUUAGUGCUAUUGCAGCUAGCUGCUGCAGUCCGCAUUCCGGCAGUCACCGAGGCAGCUGUGGGACGCGAGCUAUUGAGCGAAAAGGACCAUACGUAUAAGGUUGAUGACCCUGUACCUUUGUGGGCCAGCAAGGUUGGGCCAUUUACCAACCCAAGCGAGACUUAUGAGUACUACAGCUUGCCAUACUGCCAGCCCAAGGACGGGGUCAAGCACAAGCUCCUGGGUAUGGGCGAGGUCGUAGACGCAAACCGGAUGGCGAGCACGCCCUACCAGUUGCAGUUCCGCAAGAACCGCAACCGGGAGCUGAUUUGCGAGCAGCUUUUAGACGGUGACCGCCUAGCAAAAUUCCGCAAGGCAGUCAAGGAGGACUGGUAUUUCCAAAUGUACUACGAUGAUCUGCCCGUCUGGGGAUUCAUUGGCAAGAUGGAAAAGCUUUUCAAGCCGGGUGGUGUGACUGAGUACAAGUAUUACCUGUUUACGCACAUCGACUUCGAUAUCAAAUACAACGACGACUCCGUCAUUGAGAUCAACGUUUCGACAGAUCCCCAGGAAGCUGUCGACAUAUCAGAUGGUAUUACGGAUACUGUGAAGGCGCGCUUCACUUACUCGGUGAAGUGGACUCCCACGGCAACCAUGUUUGAGCAGCGUCUCCAGCGCUAUGAGCGUUUUCCACUCAACCCUGUCCACCUGGAGAUCCACUGGUUUUCCAUUAUCAACUCCUGCGUCACCGUGCUGCUGCUCACGGGCUUCCUGGCUACUAUCUUGAUGCGAGUGCUCAAGGCGGACUUCAUAAAGUACAACAAGGACGAUCCUGCCAUGGACGAGGAGGAGUCUGGCUGGAAGUAUGUGCACGGCGAUGUUUUCCGCUUCCCACCCCAGAAGAACCUGUUCUGUGCGUUCGUCGGCACAGGCACCCAGCUCUUCUACCUGGCCCUCUUCAUCUUCGUGUUGGCGCUCGUGGGUGUCUUCUACCCCUACAACCGUGGUGCGCUCUACACGGCGCUGAUUGUACUGUAUGCGCUGACAGCUUGCAUUGCGGGCUUCGCAGCAUCAUCGUAUUAUAAGCAGAUGGAGGGCGAGCUGUGGGUCCGCAACAUCCUGCUGACUUGCUUCGUCUACUGUGGGCCGUUCCUCAUUAUGUUUGCCUUCCUGAACACCGUGGCCAUUGUGUACCGGUCGACUGCGGCGCUGCCUUUCGGUACCAUCGUUAUCAUGUGCUUGAUCUGGAGCUUGGUGACAAUUCCGCUGACUGUCUUUGGUGGUAUUGCGGGCAAGAACAACCGUGCGGAGUUCUUUGCGCCUUGCCGGACGAACAAGUACCCACGCGAGAUCCCGCAGCUUCCGUGGUACCGCACAACACUUCCUCAAAUGAUUAUGGCUGGCUUCCUGCCAUUCUCUGCAAUCUACGUGGAGUUGUACUACAUUUUUGCAAGCGUGUGGGGCCACAAGGUCUACAUCAUCUGGUCUAUCCUGGCCAUCGUGUAUGUCAUCCUCAUCAUUGUCACCGCAUUCAUCACCAUUGCCCUGACAUACUUCCAGUUAGCAGUUGAGGACCACCAGUGGUGGUGGCGCUCGUUCCUGUGCGGUGGCUCCACCGGCAUCUUUGUGUAUGGCUAUUGCUUCUACUACUACUACGCGCGUUCCGACAUGAGCGGCUUCAUGCAGACUUCGUUUUUCUUUGGCUACAUGUUGAUGGUCUGCUACGGCUUCUUCUUGAUGCUGGGCACCGUUGGCUGGCGCGCCUCACUGAUGUUUGUCCGUCAUAUCUACCGCGCCAUUAAGUGCGAGUAAGACGAUUUGGACAUGUUCGAGCCAAUAAUGGUGCUAGUGGAGUUUUAAGAUGAUCAGUCGACUUUGUGGGAGGUUAUGGGAAGCUGGCGAAGCUGGGCUUUCGGCAUGGGUCCCAUUUGCUGUUCUGUACCAUGAUGCAUGGUGUGUGCAUGUUGGACUAUCUGCGUAUUGGCAUCCGGCCCUUACUGCUAGGACCUUGUAGUAGCAGAAAGUAUUCAAGGUUCCAGCAUGCAUCCAGAACGAGGUGCACGCGGCACGUUCGGACUAACAGAGAAGGUUAAAGAUUGCUGUCACGAGUCUGUAUCCAGCUAUAGAAAUGAGAGGUGAUGGAAGGAAUGGAUGCGACUGGCGUCAACCAAAUCUUUUGGGGAUCAUUGUGUGGUCCCAGCAGGGGUGUCUGUGAGACUGUAACUUCUGCGCAUGGCUGUGUAAUUCAUGGUGACGUGAUAACGGCGUGUGAAUGUUUUGACCAUGAACACUCCAAUUUAUGCAAAAAAAACUCCGCAUGGUUAUAAAGGGUUGUAGUGUUAGGAGAAUGCAUGCCCACCGGCUCUCGUCUUGAAUUAUUUUUGGUAGGCAU